AUGGCGGCGGGCGGCAGCCCUGACGGCGGCAGUCGAAGCGCGGCGGCGGAAUGGCCCAGCCCCGGCUCCGGGGACCGCGGCCCAGCGGGGCCCAGCGCCCUCCCCCGCGGGUGGCAGCGGGUGACCAGCCGCAGGCGAUCGGGCAGGACGGCCGGGAGGAUCGAUGUCUACUUCGUGAGCCCUGAAGGGAAGAAGCUGAGGUCAAAACGAGCACUUGUGGAGUAUUUACAGAAAACUGGAGAGACAGCAGUGAAAGCAGCUGAUUUUGAUUUCACAGCUCCUCGAGGGAGCACAUGCUCAGGGUUGAGGGGAUAUGGCACAGGAGCUGUGAGGACUGAUCUGGAAAAGGAGGAUUGUCUGAGCCAAGUGCAACAUCUCCAUGCACAGAAUGGUGCUGAGGUUGGAAUUCAGAACAUCCAGGCUGGGAAUGGACACCUGGAAGAUGCUACAUCUGCUGUGGAAAGCACAGAUUUAGCAAUGGAAGACACAAACCUGGAGGAGAGUUUGAAAACCAGAAGGAAGGGGGCAGAUGGGAAAAGUGUCCAAACUAGGAGACGUGGGAAGGGCUCAGAAAGGAGGAACCAAGGUGCCCUCAAGAGGCAGAGGAGAAUCUCUAACACACUGGAGACCAAGUGUGUUCAGAACAGGAGAGUCCACAGACAGACAGACACUCGUGGAGCUGGCAGCCAGGCUGUGGCUGAUGCAGGUGCUGACCCUGUGGCAGGGAAAGCUCUGUCAGGAACGUCCAGGGCACGGCUGAGGUCAGUGGCUGGCUCACAGAGAGAGCUGGGUCACCUGCCAAAGGAGGGGCCAAGCUGCAGUGACACACCUGCUGUGAGGUCUGAGGAGAAGCCCCAUGGACUGGAGACAGGGAAGGUGCCAGGUCCGGGGGAUCUGGGUCAGCAGGAUGUUAAAUCUGAUGCCCAGGGGGAUGCUGAGCCGUGGGACAGGACAAGCUGCACAGCAGUCACAACAGCACCAGAAGAGUCUGUCCCUCGAACACGAGUGGAGAGAAGGAAAACAAGUCCAUAUUUUUCCAGUAAAUACAGCAAAGAAGCCCCCAGCCCACCCAGAAGGAAGGCUCUCAGAAAAUGGACUCCUCCACGUUCUCCUUUCAAUCUUAUCCAGGAAACACUCUUCCAUGAUCCGUGGAAGCUUCUCAUUGCCACCAUAUUUCUCAACAAAACUUCAGGGAAAAUGGCCAUUCCAGUGCUCUGGGAGUUCCUGAGGAGGUAUCCUUCUCCUGAGGUAGCCAGGGCUGCAGACUGGAAAGAGAUGUCAGAGCUGCUCAAACCUCUUGGCCUCUACGAGCUCAGAGCCAAAACCAUCAUCAGGUUCUCAGGUGAGUACCUGAGCAAGGCCUGGCGUUACCCCAUCGAGCUGCACGGCAUCGGCAAGUACGGCAACGACUCCUACAGAAUCUUCUGUGUGAACGAGUGGAAGGAGGUGCAGCCACAGGACCACAAGUUGAACGUGUACCACACGUGGCUGUGGGAGAACCACGAGAGGCUGAGCAUCGACUGAGCUGAGCUGGGGGUGACCUGGCCCCAUCACUUCCCCUCGGGUGCCCUCACAGUUCUGGGAUGUCAGGGCUGGGGUCAUUGCUAUUUUUUAAAUAAACGUGUCCCUGUUUUGUA